AUGGCACCUCCAUCAGCCUUUGCCCAGAUUCCGCAAGCCCCGCCGGUUCUGGUCUUUAAGCUCAAUGCGGACUUCCGAGAUGAUCCAGAUCCCCGCAAGGUUAACCUCAGCAUGGGAACAUACCGCACAGAUGACUCUCAACCCUGGGUUUUACCAGUAGUGAGGAAGGUCGUACAGAAGAUUGCUAGAGACAAUAGCCUCAGUCAUGAGUACCUGCCCAUCCUGGGCCUGGCAGAGUUCCGGAGCUGUGCUUCUCGCCUACUACUUGGGGAUGACAGCCCAGCCAUUGCGGAGAAUCGGGUUGGAGGUGUGCAGUCUUUGGGAGGGACAGGCGCACUUCGAAUUGGAGCUGACUUCUUAGGGCGAUGGUACAAUGGCAUAGACAACAAGAAUACACCGAUCUAUGUAUCAUCACCAACAUGGGAGAACCAUAAUGCUGUGUUUUCUGCCGCUGGUUUUAAAGACAUUCGGUCCUACUGCUACUGGGAUGCAGAGAAGAGAGGACUUAACCUCCAGGGUUUCCUGAAUGAUCUGGAGAAUGCUCCUGAGUUCUCCAUCUUUGUCCUCCAUGCCUGUGCACACAACCCAACGGGGACCGACCCGACUCCAGAGGAGUGGAAGCAGAUCGGUGAAGUCAUGAAGCGCCGUUUUCUGUUCCCCUUCUUUGACUCAGCCUAUCAGGGCUUUGCAUCUGGAGACCUAGAGAAAGAUGCGUGGGCUAUUCGCUAUUUUGUGUCUGAAGGCUUCGAGCUCUUCUGUGCCCAGUCCUUCUCCAAGAACUUUGGGCUCUACAACGAGAGAGUGGGGAAUCUGACCAUGGUUGGAAAAGAAUCUGACAGUAUCCUGCGUGUCCUUUCCCAGAUGGAGAAGAUUGUACGAAUCACGUGGUCCAAUCCACCAGCCCAGGGAGCUCGGAUCGUGGCCACCACCCUCUCUGACCCAGAGCUCUUUAAGGAAUGGAAAGGUAAUGUGAAGACAAUGGCUGACCGGAUUCUGACCACGAGAUCCAAACUCAGGGCACGAUUAGAAGCUCUCAAGACCCCAGGGUCUUGGUCUCACAUCACUGAGCAGAUUGGAAUGUUCAGCUUCACUGGGUUAAACCCCAGUCAGGUCGAGUAUUUGAUCAACGAGAAGCACAUCUAUCUGCUGCCCAGCGGUCGGAUCAACAUAUGCGGCCUGACCACCAAGAACCUAGAUUAUGUCACUACCUCCAUUCAUGAAGCCGUCACCAAAAUCCAGUAA